AUGGAGACCUCGAGCCCGUUGCCAGACACGCAAGUGUCCUUGCUGAGAGCUAUUGACGGUAGUCACCUUAGAUGGUCCGACUUUCGAACGAUUGUCCUCAGUGCGUUUCGGAUCAUCUUUACCGAUAAUCUCCAGCUGUCCGAAUUGUCACGUCCUUUCUCUGACAGGUUGAAGCCAUGCCUGCAGAAACUUGACCGAUUCGACAACCAGGAGGCAGAAUGGCGGAAACAGGUUGCGAGUAACAAGGGAUUCGGAUCGUCAAUGGUGUUUCCUCCCAACAUCCUCCCAUCGACUGGUGUCAACCUCUCCCUCCAUCGAUCGCUUGCUCCCAAGCUCAACCGAGAGGCACUUCCCCCACGGGCCGUCAAGGCUCAGGAGAGUUUGUUCGAGUUGCCUGUCCCUCGACCGGGCCUUCUCACUGGCUUCACCACUCAAGCAUUUAAUGAGAAGGAAUUGUCGGUUUUGCCCAACUGCGCAUCUGCAACUGGGACAAUCGUUGAUUUCGAGUCGGGCACCGUGUCUCCUGGAACAACCACCUACUGUCCGUUCAUGGUCUUUGAACGGGUGAAUACCGCGUCGGAAGAUGCGAUACAGUCUGCCAGGAAUCAGUGUGCAAUUGCUGGCGCUCACUGCGUCCGGGCCUUCCAGCUUUUGUUCAGAAAAUGCACCAGCCCUCGCCCGGUGUUUGAAAAGCCAAUAUCUUUCUCUUGCGCCAUCAACAACUCCAACGCUCUUAUCUACUAUCACUACGUUGAUGCUGACGGCCGCUAUUGUAUGUCAGAACUCUCCCGGUUCAAUCUCGAUGACACAAUCGCUUUCAAAGAAUUUCAGGGAUGGAUCGAAGCAAUUGAGGACUGGGGAUCGACAUACCUACUGCCCGUCAUUAAGAUUGCUUUGAGACAACUCCUCAAGAGCCAUGGGACGCCGCCAAUAUCACCCAUGCCAUCACUCACCUUAUCAAUCGACACUGCUGCAGGAAGCGAGGAGGUUCUGAUGAAAGUCCUCCGCUCCACUUUUGGCGCCAUCAAAUGGAAAUGUGAAGGGGAAUGCGAAACCCCAUUGAACAGCAGUAUCGCUCAUUGUGGCACGCCACUCGGCGCCCGGAAAAUUAGGACCCUGGCUCUGUCGCCCACCUCACCGGCUGACAUAUUGGGUGCAGCGUCUGGACCCACCACGCCAUUCUCCGUGUGGCGGAUGAGGCCCGAAUGGGCCAGCAGGUCUCCUACCGCUCGGCGACAUCCACUUUCACCAUUGAAACUCCGCUCUGAUAUUCCCGACUCUCCAUGUCGACGGGCUACUCUUUCCCCAUGCACCCCUCCGCCAGAAGCUCCCAACUCGGCGCAGUCCCCAAUGCUCGUUCUACAGAAGAGAGUUGAUCUGGCCAUGGAUGAAAUCCAAGAACUGAGGGCGCUGGUACAAACAUUGCAGGGCGAACUCGACACGAAGAAUAAUCAGCUUGAGCUGGGCAGAAAGCCUGCCGACAUCGUCGUCAACGAGACAUGCAAAGAUAUCUCAAGCGCUCCAAUGGUCGGAUUUUCCGCAGAUUUGAGAGGUCGUCUUGAGCGGAGCAAUUUCCCACCCACAUGUCCACCAUUGACCCAUAUGGCUGCGAGCCUCCUGACCUCCCGGCUGUCACUGCCAUGGGCCCUGUUCUUGUUCUUGCUUGCCUCGGUCCUCCUAUCCCAUGACCUGUUCGAAGUGACUUUCUACUUGGCACAGACACCAGGAAGCGCGUUCGUCUGA